AUGGUUGAUCUAGCAGACCAGGCUAGUAUCGAAAACACAGUCUCUUGGUAUAUCAUAAUGUUUUCCUGGAAGGCCUAUGAAAAGACUGAUGAGCGGGCAAUCGACCCAACAAAGAUCUCUUGGUCUGAUGAGCUGGACGACACGCCAUUCUAUCACACUACUCAUGUAGAUCUUAAUGUAAAGUCAAAUAGAAUCUUUGCGAGUCAGUCUGAUAGACGACCUAUUGGAUGGAUCAUAGAAGAACUGACGGGUCACCCCGACGUAUGGUUCGAUAUAGUUUACUCCCCGGAUGAAUCUAUUAACCGGCCUUUUGACCCCGAUAUUCUCAAACAAAUUACACCUGAGGCAUUCUCGAUAGUUCUCGACCACGACGACGACGAUGAAUUAUGA